AAUUGAAUUAAAAAAAUUUAUCCAUUUUCCGGCUAUAAUCGAUAUGCUACAAUUAAUAAUAAGUAAUUUAUCUGGAAUAGAAUUCUACUUCUAUUCUAGAUAGUAGAUAAUAGAAGAAUUAAAUAUUAAAAUAGUUAACUAUAUAAAUAACAUUACAAGAGCAAAAGACACACACGUUCUUUUAUUUUAAAAUAUCGUAUCUAUAAUUUUUCAUCUUCUGGAAUUCAGAAUAGAAUAUUCUAUUUCUAACUUCCGACGUGUGUCGUACGAAGGCAUACAUUGGAAAAGCAGAUCCGAGUAUACACACAUACGUAAAAAAUAUAUAUAUAUAUCAAAAUACAUACGUACACAUCGGAACACACGGUAAAUGAACGCGGUAUAAAUAGAACGUGAUUUAUAGACCUAAGGAUCUAAGGAGGAUCGAAAGAUCGUGAUUUGCGGCGUGUGAAAAUAUAUAAAUUUACUCAUUACUAUCGUACGUCAGGCCAGUGCGCAUUUUCUUGCGACAUUUUCCCUCUGCGGUAGGAAAGAAAAGCCCGCGGGGCUUCGAGCUUACCUUUAAUCAGGCAGAAGAGUUCCGGACGCAGCACCGGUCGGAACACAGCGCCGUUGCCGCAGCGGGGAUGAAAGGAGGCGGUAGGGUGAGUUUUAUUUGUCGAGGGCCACUCCUUCCCGAUUGUUCGGUGCCCUUUGUGCCUGUUGACAGCUGCCUGCUGCCUUACGGAGGAACGACACACUAGCCACGUGUUCGAAGAAAAUGCAACGGGUGAGGGAAUCGUAAAAACGCAAUUUUUAAGCUGACAAAAUCCGUGAGACUUCGAAAUAAUAAUACGUGAAAUACUGCCCUUCGAAAGUAAUCAUUUUCUCGGACGCAUAUUGUUUCAGAAGGUGGAAAAUUACAGCACGUGAGCCAGAAUUUUUGAUUUUCCGAAAAAUGUGAAGAAAAGAGGAUCACUUUCUGUGUGUAAAAGAUGGGGCACUUUGCGGCAAACGACACGAUUUUCGAAAAUGGAGACUUCAAGCCGUUUGCGCGAUCCAUGACUAUCGUUGCUGCUGUUUGCGCUAUAAUCUUUAGCAUUAUUGGUGUAUUAGGUAAUUUAGUGACGGUAAUUGCAUUAUUAAAAUAUACCAGACUAAGACGACAUGCUACGACAGCGUUUGUGAUAAGUUUGAGCAUUUCCGAUUUGAUUUUUUCGGCAGUAAACUUGCCUCUAACCGCCAGUAGAUAUUUGAACGAAGCUUGGGUUCUUGGCGAAACUCUAUGCAAAAUAUUUCCUUUAUUCUUCUAUGGAAAUGUUGCCGUAUCUCUACUCAGCAUGGUGGCCAUUACUAUUAACAGAUAUAUACUGAUCUCACAAUCAGACAUUUACAACCAGUUGUAUACUAGUCGCGGCAUAACGGUGAUGUUAAUAACUAUAUGGACCCUGAGCUUUCUGAUGUUGCUACCGCCUUUGUUAGGGGUCUGGGGUACUCUAGGAUUGGAUCCAGCCACCUUCUCGUGCACCAUAUUGAGAAAAAAUGGUUCCAGCCCGAAGAAAUUUCUCUUCGUUCUGGGCUUCAUUGUACCGUGCGUGGUAAUUAGUGUUUCGUACCUCUGCAUUUAUUGGCGGGUUCGGAAAAGUCGGAAAAAUCUCGAAGCUCAUGCGACGGAAGGCGAGCGACGAGGAGGUGGCUUUCAACGGCGGGAGGACUCGAGAGUUACCAGACUGAUGCUUACUAUAUUUCUUUGCUUCCUGAUGUGCUACUUGCCGCUGAUGCUGGUAAAUGUGAUCGAUGAUAAAAUGAAGAUUCCGAUACUUCACAUAGUAGCAUCUGUACUCGCAUGGGCAUCCGCGGUGAUAAACCCUUUCAUUUAUGCUGGCACCAACAGAUUGUACAGAGAGGCAUACAAACAGGUUUUAUGCCCCGUUUCGAGCAGAACACCCACAAUCGGCCCGAAACCAGGACAUUCUCACUCGAGCAAAGUCUCAUCGCCUCAUACUACGUGAAGAUUGUCCGCUUCGAUGAUCAGCGAUUAUCUUGAAUGAAAAGCGAUAACAAGUUAAAAGUUUACGCUUAAUAAUAUUAUUUUGCAUAUUCUUCAUAGAAAUUCAAUGUCAAGAAAUUAAAUGUCUACAAUGUCGAAAUAAUAUAUACAAAAUUUUCUUUUAUAGAGUUUAACUCUAUAUCCUAUUACAAGAUCUGCUAAAUAACAGACCUCUGUUUGAUUAAAAGUUUGGAUUCAUGAUUCCACAGAUUAGUUUACAAAAAAA